AUGGAAUUGACAAGACCUAGUUAUGCCGUUGUUCUUGUAAUUCUUCUUUGUGCCUUGGCUGAAAGGGGCUCAGAUGGGAAGAGAUGGAAAGCUGAGGAAUUUUAUACAGAUCAUGCUGCUUUCUCAUCUUCCCUUCAUCUCGACAGAAAAAAGGCAGAGCAGGUGUGGAAACAUUGCAGGAAAGAAUUGAUAGAGAGGAAUAAUGAUAGUAAAGAUUUUGACUUGCAUCUAUUGGAUGAAAGUGGUGACUUGCAUCUAUUGGCAGAUAUAUCAACUCUUUCAAUAGAAAAUGAUAUAAAUGAAGCAGCUAAAUAUCUGCCACCCCAUAUGAAGCAAUACUUUUUGGAUUGCAUGAGAAACAAGAAUCCUCCUACUCCUGUUUCAGAAGAGCAGAGAAAUAGGCUGAAGAAGCAUUAUAUGUCACUCUUUGGUUUAGCAAGUGGUCAUAGAUAUUUGCUCUCCGAGACACCACCAUCAGGUUCUAAUUUUGUUCCAUCAUCACCAGCAGCCAAUUCUCCACCUCCAAGUCCAAAGCUUCCGUAUGACCCACUCAUUCAAGACUUUUUUGUGCCAUCUCCACCACCUCCUCCUUCUCCACCAGUUGAUCCCCAGCAUGAUAAUAACAAACAAAAGAAAGCACUUAUUAUUGCUGCUGCUGCAUCAGGACUUAUAAUCUUAAUAGGCUUGCUCCUCUGCUAUUUUGAGGUCAGGAGGAGGAAAAGAGUUGACAAAGGUGACAGGGAUUUACUCAUAGUAAGCUCAAGUGAUUUGUCUAAUGGUUCAGAAAAGUCUGUUGGUUUGGAAAAUUCUGAUAUGCAAGAAGCUGGGAUUAACUAUGGAAAGAACCCUACUCUUGUUAGGAAUUUGUCCAUUAAGUCUGAAGACCGCAAUGCCUCAAUGGAUGAGAUAACAUCAUCAGAUGACAAGGGACAAGUACAGUUGUCAAUAUUAAAACCUCCUCCGGGAAGAUCAGCCCCGGAGCCUCCACGACCGCCACCGCCACCUGGUCCUAGGCCUCAGCCUCCACCUCCUCCAAAAGUAGCUCAGCCCCCACCUCCUCCAAAAGUAGCUCAGCCUCCACCUGCUCCUCCCAAACCAGUGGCAGGGAGAUAUCAACCUUCACCUUUAGGACCACUACGUUCUGGUGAGGGUGCUGAAUCCGAUGCUCCAAAACCGAAACUGAAGCCAUUUUUCUGGGAUAAGGUUGCUGCAAAUCCUGAUCAAGCAAUGGUCUGGCAUGAGAUCAGAGCAGGGUCAUUCCAGUUCAGUGAAGAAAAGAUAGAAUCCUUAUUUGGCUGUGCCAACCAGAACAGAAAUGAAAGAAGAAAAGAAUCUCCAUUUGUGGAAUCUUCUGUUCAGUACAUUCAGAUUAUUGACCCCAAGAAAGCACAAAAUUUAUCAAUUCUUUUACGUGCUUUAAAUGUGACACCAGAAGUAGUUAUUGACGCCCUAAAAGAAGGUAGUGAGAUUCCUGUUGAGCUCAUCCAGACAUUAUUGAAGAUGGCGCCAACGACAGACGAGGAACAGAAGCUAAGGUUAUUCACGGGCGACCUCUCUCAACUUGGGCCUGCAGAGAGGUUUCUCAAGGCCUUGGUUGAUAUUCCAUUAGCUUUCAAACGUCUUGAAUCUCUAUUGUUCAUGUUUACACUUCCAGAAGAGGCCUCAAGCAUUAAGGAGUGUUUUUCAACAUUAGAGGUUUCUUUCAACAAACUAAGAAAAAGCAGGCUCUUCCUAAAGCUAUUAGAAGCAGUUCUCAAGACUGGAAACCGCAUGAAUGAUGGCACCUACCGCGGUGGUGCUCACGCAUUUAGGCUCGACACACUUUUGAAACUUGCAGAUGUAAAAGGAACAGACGGCAAGACCACACUACUGCACUUUGUGGUUCAGGAGAUUAUACUUUAUGAGGGCAAAAGAGCUGUGAGAACAGCAAAAGCAAGUGGAAGCCAUUCAGGUAUCAAAACUGAGGAUUUCAUUGAGGAUUCAAAUGGAGAAUCAGAAGAGGACUAUCGCAGCCUUGGCCUUCAGGUUGUUUCAGGUCUAAGUAGUGAACUUGAAGAUGUGAAAAAAGCAGCAGUUAUAGAUGGUGAUGCACUAACAGCUGCAGUGUUGAAACUUAGUCAUUUAUUAGCAAAAAAUGAAGACUUGCUGAAUACUGAUCUGAAGAAUCUCCAAGAAGAGAGUGAGUUCCAACAUUCCCUUACAAGUUUUGUGGAGAAAGCAAAAGCUGAUGUGUCAUGUCUGAUAGAGGAGGAGAAGAGGAUAAUGGCUGAGGUUAAGAGCACAGCAGAUUAUUUCCAUGGGAAUGCAGGGAAAGAUGAAGGGUUGCGUUUGUUUGUGAUUGUUCGCGAUUUCUUGAUAAUGUUGGACAAGGUAUGCAAAGAGGUGAAAGACACAACAAUGAAGACGAGGAAGGCUUCUGCCAAGAAAGAGGCUUCAUCUGUGUCAUCCUCACCAGAGACUAGUCAUCAUUCACCUUCUGAUAUGCAUAAGCGACUGUUUCCGGCCAUUGCAGAACGGAGAGUGCAUGACUUUAGUUCAGAUGAUGAUGAUGAUUGGAGCUUACAGACGUAGCUUUCCUAUGAAGUUAUGCAAGUGUGACUUGAGAGCUUACUAUUCUACUUCAUCAAGUGGCAGGUGUACGUUGCUGCCUACAAUGACAAGGAAAUGAAGCCCCUCUAACUUGUUGAAAUGUAUCUGCUACAAUGCUGCUAAAGAGUGACUCUUGAUCAAAGGAAGUUACCUGAUGUCUGCUAUGAUGUUCCUCAUCAUAGUGUGAGCAGCAAGUGGGUGCUCUUUCCAACCUAUCUCGCGAUGAAAAUCAAGAUUCAACCAAGAUUGCAUCUUAGGUAACACGGAUCAAGGUUGUAACCAACCUCCCCUACAGCUACAUACAAGUGCUUAUAGGGAAGGAGAGAGAUUGAUUUGUUGUUUGUUUAUUUUACGCCCCCACUGAUUGGAUAGAUGUGGUUUUGAUAGGUACCCAUAGUUAGUUAGUAGUUUAGUUAGUUAGUAGUUUAGUUAGUUAGUUUGAGAGAGUUAGUUGAGAGUGAUAGAGAAUGUUACAAAUAUGAGAGACUUAGACUAAUAACAUCUUUGGGAUCAUCAUUGUCGGGAAUUAGGAGAAAUGCUGAGACUCUCGAAUUACACAACAACCAUUGUAGUUUCUAUUGUUGAA